UCCAGAUCGUGAGAGUGUGAACUUAAUUAUGAAGUAGAAUUGCGGCAUCCACAGUCCAUGCCAUCUUAGUAGAUAAUUAUGGAGUCCAUUGACUUUUGAUUUCACACCCACAUGCCACGCGACUCGCUGAAAGCAGCUUAAUUUCACCAUUUUUCCUUAUUUCCUUCCAAAGUUUACAUAGUCUAUUGUCUGACUGAAGGAAGAUCAAAGGAUGGAUUCACUUAGAGUUUUCAUGGUCUUGCUGCCGAUUUUAUUGGCUCUGUUUUGCCUUCAAGGAGUAACAUCUCACGGGGUGCAGCCACUGGCAAGGAUUGCAGUUCAUGAUGCAGUGGUUGCUUUGGAAGCUCAAGCAUUUAUUAAAGUUACUCCUUCUCUGCUCGGGUCUAAUGGUGAAAACAAUGAAUGGGUGACUGUGGAGUAUGGCAUGCCAAAUCCAUCAGGUGAUGACUGGAUUGGAGUAUUUUCUCCUGGAAAUUUCAGUGCAUCAACCUGCCUUGCUGAAAAUCGAAUGGCAAGUCCACCUUUGUUGUGUACAGCACCUAUUAAGUAUCAAUUUGCAAAUUACUCCAACUCCAAGUACAAAGAAACGGGAAAAGGAUCAUUGAAGCUUCAAUUGAUAAACCAAAGAUCAGACUUCUCUUUUGCCCUGUUUUCUGGUGGAUUAUCAAAACCAAAGCUUGUGGCAGUGUCAAACACAGUUUCCUUUGAAAAUCCUAAUGCACCAUUAUACCCAAGAUUAGCCCAGGGGAAGACAUGGGAUGAAAUGACUGUGACUUGGACUAGUGGAUAUGGGAUCAAUGAAGCGGAGCCAUUUGUGAAGUGGGGUCCACAAGGAGGAAAACAGAGCCGCUCUCCAGCAGGGACCCUGACUUUUGACCGAAGUAGCAUGUGUGGUGCACCUGCAAGAACAGUUGGAUGGCGUGAUCCUGGAUUCAUUCAUACAGGUUUCCUCAAGGAGUUGUGGCCCAACUCAUUGUAUACCUACAAGUUGGGGCAUAAGUUGUUAAAUGGCACAUAUAUAUGGAGUCAGAGUUACCAAUUCAAAUCUUCUCCUUACCCUGGUCAAAACUCUGUACAACGUGUAAUCAUUUUUGGCGACAUGGGAAAGGAUGAAGCUGAUGGCUCCAGUGAAUAUAACGACUUUCAACCUGGUUCCCUUAAUACCACCAAGCAGCUGAUAGAUGAUCUAAAAAACAUUGAUAUAGUCUUUCACAUUGGAGAUAUCUGUUAUGCCAAUGGAUAUAUCUCGCAGUGGGAUCAAUUUACAUCACAGAUAGAGCCAAUUGCUUCACGUGUACCUUACAUGAUUGCGAGUGGCAAUCAUGAGCGUGAUUGGCCUGAUACAGGUUCGUUCUAUGGCAACAUGGAUUCAGGGGGUGAAUGUGGUGUCUUGGCUCAAAAUAUGUUUUAUGUUCCUGCAGAAAACAGGGAAAAGUUCUGGUACUCUACCGACUAUGGCAUGUUCCGAUUUUGCAUUGCUGAUACUGAACAUGAUUGGAGAGAGGGCACGGAGCAAUACAAGUUCAUUGAGCACUGUCUUGCAUCUGUGGACCGACAGAAACAACCAUGGCUCAUUUUCCUUGCCCAUCGUGUACUUGGUUACUCUUCUGGUGAUUUCUACGCUGUUGAAGGAUCAUUUGGUGAGCCUAUGGGAAGGGAAAGCCUUCAAAAGCUUUGGCAGAAGUAUAAAGUUGAUAUCGCCAUGUAUGGUCACGUCCAUAAUUAUGAAAGGACUUGUCCCAUUUACCAGAACAUUUGUACGAAUAAAGAGCAACGCUUCUACAAAGGCACCUUGAAUGGGACUAUACAUGUUGUCGCUGGGGGAGGAGGUGCAGGCCUAGCAAAUUUUGCCAACAUAUCGACUUCGUGGAGUCUUUUCAAAGACUAUGACUAUGGUUUCGUGAAAUUAACAGCGUUCGAUCAUUCAAACCUGUUGUUUGAGUACAAGAAGAGUAGUGAUGGUAAAGUCUACGACUCCUUCAGGAUAUCAAGGGAUUAUAGAGACAUCUUGGCUUGCACUGUGGAUAGCUGCCCGAGCACGACGCUAGCAACUUGAUCAAUGUAAUCUCGAUCUCUAGUUUGGUUUUCGCAGUUUGGACUGAUAAAUUCAGCUGCGAUUUCUAGAUAGUUACAGUACUUCUGCAGGGACACAAGCCAGCAAGAAUGAAUGGCUGCAUAGGUAAAAAUGAGUGUAAAAUAAGAUGAAUAAUGGUGAUAAAAAGGUCACUGAUUGAGUGAUUGCCUCUUUCAACACUUCCGUGUAUUGAUAUAAUAAGUUUAAUUAAUCAGAUAAAUUUUUCUAAUAAA